AUGGCUACAGAAAGCUUUGAUGCUCAUGCUAACCUUGCUAGGCUUAUGAAAAAAGAAGACACAACCCAAGAAGAAAUAAAAGAAGCAUAUUCUGCUUGGAGCAAGACGUAUGAUGAGGUAACUUAAAGCCCCGUUUACACUACGCUCAAUUUUUAGUACGGCACGGAUAAAAUUGGUACCCGUACCACUUUUUUGAUACUUUUUUGGUUCUUGGACUACCUAUUUAGGUAGUCCAAGAACCAAAAAAGUGGUACGGUAACAAAAAUUGAGCGUAGUGUAAACGGGGCUCAAAAUAUAGGUAGUCCAAGAACCAUAAAAGUGGUACGGGUACCAAUUUUAUCCGUCCCCCGUUUACACUACGCUCAAUUUUUGGUACGGCACGGAUAAAAUUGGUACCCGUACCACUUUUUUGGUUCUUGGACUACCUAUUUAGCUAAGCCCCGUUUAUACUACGCUCAAUAUUUGGUACCGUACCACUUUUUGAUUCUUGGACUACCUAAAUAGGUAGUCCAAGAACCAAAAAAGUGGUACGGGUACCAAUUUUAUCCGUGCCGUACCAAAAAUUGAGCGUAGUGUAAACGGGGCUUUACAUUUAAUUAUUCACUGACAGAUAGAUCUAGUGAUAGUGCUCAAAUUUCCACAAUUUUGCGUUUCGUUCGCACAAGCAGGACGUAUAAAGACAAAUUCGAGCCCAGCUAUAAACCGUACGAAUUCUCGUGUGGAACAGAUGAAAUCGGACCAAAUUAUUUUCGCUUGGUUCCUAAAUAUAGUGCGGAUUUAAAACAGCUCGAUACACUAUUUCAGCUAUUUUAUCUUGCGAUUGGUUAGUUGUUUCGCAAUAACCAAUAUUAACUUCCUAUUAACCGAACGCGAGGUCUGUAGUGUAGAGGUUUGUACAAAAAGACCGAGGUCCGAUAUUUCUCUGUACAUACCGAGCAAGCGAGGUUAAUAAAAAGUUUAUUAUAUGGCAUUUUGUAGGCAUUUAUACUUGAAAAAACCCCAAGAAAGUCAUGAUUUGAAAUGCACGUUAGUAGCGUGGUACACAUUUGGUCGAAGAAAACAAAAAAAACAACAAUUUAUGCGUUUGUUUUCCAUUACUGGAAAAUAAUGGACCGCUGACAGUGCUUCUCAGCCAAUCACAGUCUGCCAUUUCACCGAAAGUGAUGCUUGCCAUAAAAUAGAAUUAUAUAUUUUCAUGCAUAUUAAUCAGAUGUGUGCAGAGAUUCGGCAAAUUAUUGAAUCCCAGUCGGGAAAUUGUUCAGUUUGGAGCCGGUAAAACGUGAAUUGGAUAAGAAGGGAAAAAACUAAAAUAAAUGAGUUACAUGCACUGAUUAAAAAGUAAUAUUUAUAGCAAAAAAUUUGCCAACAUUUUUGGGAAAAGAAAUAUUAAUUAAUGGUUGAGAUGAGUCUGCAAAAUUGCACUUACACCCCUCCAUUAAAGACAAGAAGGGUUAGCGACGCGGGCCCCUGCAUGUGUGUUCGCAAACACUUAAAAUGUGUAUACAGCUUCAUGUAUAUAAUGAAAACAUUUGCGAAUUUAAAUAUCAAGGUUAUUUAAAUACAGUACCAUGCAUCAAUGUUCCAAACCGGCCGGUGAUGUGUACGCCCAGUUUUAAAAUACGGUAAUUUCAAUUUGGGGGUUGUGCCAAAUGACCGCUUUAUAAGUGUGACCAUUUAAUUAAUACUGUGCCGCUUUAAUAAUACAUGUUCGACUAUACCAUGUUUUUAGGACAUUCGAAAUGAAGCAUACAUUGGGCCAGCUGUAGCGGCGGAAAAAUUGGCACAAAAACUGAAAGAAUUUGGAUACACCAACGAUGCUCGUAUUCUAGAUCUCGGCUGCGGCACAGGAUUGGUCGGAGAAGAACUAGUGAAAUGUGAUUACAAAAAUAUCGAUGGAGUAGACCUAACCCCCGAGUUGCUGGAGGUUGCCAAAGCAAAAGGUAUAUAUGGAUUACUACAACAAGGUUCGAUGGGGUCUCCAGAGUGCAAGGAUCUGGGAAUUGGCGCGAACCAGUACGAUGCCGCCAUUUGCGUGGGUACCUUCACAGUUAAACACGUGAACAGCGAAGGCUUUGACGAUCUUGUUCACGUGGUCAAACCAGGAGGCUUGGGUUGCUUUGCAGUCCGCGAGAUUUGUUGGGAAGAUCCGUCCUACGGCUAUGUUGCCAAAAUGGACGAACUGUGUGAAGCAAGAAAGUGGAAAUUGCUUGAGAAGAAAUAUAUUGAGAACUAUACUGCUAAUAAUGCUG